CUCGGAGGCAGUUCCUGUUGCCCUUGCUAAACAUGGCGCUGGCUAGCGUGUUGCAGCGGCCGAUGCCGGUGAAUCAGCACGGGUUUUUUGGACUCGGGGGUCGUGCAGAUCUGCUGGACUUGGGUCCGGGGAGUCCUGGUGAUGGGCUGAGCCUAGCCGCGCCGAGCUGGGGUGUCCCGGAGGAACCACGAAUCGAAAUGCUUCACGGAACCACCACCCUGGCCUUCAAGUUUCGCCAUGGAGUCAUUGUCGCAGCGGAUUCCCGGGCCACCGCAGGUGCUUAUAUCGCUUCCCAGACUGUGAAGAAGGUGAUAGAGAUCAACCCGUACCUUCUGGGCACCAUGGCUGGGGGUGCAGCGGAUUGCAGCUUCUGGGAGCGGUUGUUGGCUCGGCAAUGUCGAAUCUAUGAGCUUCGCAAUAAGGAACGGAUCUCUGUCGCGGCAGCCUCCAAGCUGCUUGCUAACAUGGUGUAUCAGUACAAAGGCAUGGGGCUGUCUAUGGGCACCAUGAUCUGUGGCUGGGACAAGAGAGGCCCCGGCCUCUACUAUGUAGACAGCGAGGGGAACAGGAUCUCUGGGACCGCCUUCUCGGUGGGGUCUGGUUCUGUGUAUGCUUAUGGAGUCAUGGAUCGAGGCUACUCCUAUGACCUACAAGUGGAGGAGGCCUAUGAUCUGGCCCGCAGAGCCAUCUACCAAGCCACCUACAGAGACGCCUACUCCGGAGGAGCAGUCAACCUCUACCACGUGCGGGAGGAUGGCUGGAUCCGGGUCUCCAGUGACAAUGUAGCUGACUUACAUGACACGUAUAGUCACGUGUCUGUCCCCUGAGGGAAGGCGGGUGUGGCUGUUUGCAUCUCUGGGAUGGCUCUCCCUGGCUAUAAUAAAUAAUAGUACCCCA